AUGGCUAAGACGCAACCUCACGAAGAACCGCAAGCCCGAAGGGAUAACCUCUCCGAAGCCCCCAUAUCCCCGAAACUGACAUCAGCUGAGCCUCCGGAAACUCCAAGCUCCCAGAUCUCAUAUUCUCUUAUAUCCAACACCCGCAGUGACGCGCCCUUUCAACCGAACAUCCCUCCUUCCCGCAGCUCGGACAGCACUUUUGGCCAUUCUGACCGGUCCACCCUCUCUGAGAAUGACGACGAGAACAUGGCCAGCCAACAUUCUGAUUUACACCACCCUACCGACGACAAUAAGCCCCGGACAUCUAUUGAGGGUACCACCUCUUCCAGCUCCUGUGAUGAAAGCAACAACAGCGUGCCCCAUAAGGAUUCCCCCUCUUCCAGCCCUACGCUAUCCUAUAUGGCUACUAUAGCUGAGAUGGUGAAAAGAAUUGACGUUUCCCAAGACAGUAAAAAGUAUCGCAAAUCCAGCCCCGAUGAGCUUCAUCCUAGCCUCGAUGAGCUCCGUGUCAGCCUCACGUUAUCCGAUAUGGCUGCCAUAGCCGAGAUGGUGAAAAGGAUUGACGUUUCACAAGAACGUUGCGACUGUCACAAACCGAACCCCCAUGAGCUUCGUGCUGUAAUAAAACUGAUUCAAAUGUUGAGGCACCAUCAGUUCCUGGCCGUCAUAGGAGACUUCGCCGGUAGGGUCUUUGACUGUAUCAGAUUGGCGGCAAAACAGCUCCGGAUAGGAAUCCUGCAAACCCGAGCCGCAAAGGUAAUCGAAACGCUCGCCGAAGAACGUGAGCAACAGCUUUCCGACGGCCAGAAGUCUAUCGAAGAAGAUAUACGGAGAUGUAUCCACCACGUGAAUACGGAAAUCGAUAAUCACAGGGCAACGUUGGACCUGGAGUUUGUUGAAUUCGCUAUGAAGCUGUACGAGGCCAGAAACGAAACGUUUCAUUCGGGAGUUGGUGACGUUACGAAGGAGAAGCUAGAAGAGACUAUCAAGAACCAAAUUGCGAAAAAUGAAGAGGAUACGAGGCGAAUAUCAGACACCUGA